AUGGAUGAAGCUAAGAGUGCCUGGUACAGGAAGGUACAGUUGGAAAUUUUCUGUGAAGAGUUGCGCAGUCUGAAGCAGACUGGAUUCGUGAAAAGCAAUAGUCGUUUGAAAACAUAUUCGCCGUUUCUGGAUGUCGGAAUCAUCCGUCUGCGAGGUCGUGUGCAGGAUAAUGGAAAGUCGUUUGAAGUGAAGUGGUUCUCGCGCUAUGAAGAGCUGUUCGCAAAGGAUGCUUCGCGGCUGGAUGACCAAGCAAAACUACUUUCGGAGUUUGAUUGCUCGAUCACCGUCAAUGACGUAACGCAAGUGGGAUCGAUCUUCGAUGUCGCGCAAGAUCUGCACAUCCUGGGUUUGGAUUUGGUGGAAGCAUUCCAACUCGACUCCGUUCCGAUGAACGUCUUCUGUCGACAGGUAAACAACUCCUCUUCCUCCAUCGUCGAGCGGCUCAAGGCCGCCUAUCCGCAAGUAUUCAGCACCAGUCUCGGACGGUGCACCAACGCAACAGUGAAGCUCGACCUCAAGCCAGGACAAAGACCAGCGUUUCGUCCAAAACGUCCCGUGGCGUACGCCAUGUACCAGAUUGUCGAUGAUGAACUGGACCGUCUCGAGCGCUUGCAGAUCAUCACACCAAUCGACUACUCAGAAUGGGCUGCUCCGAUUGUAGUCGUUCGGAAGUCGAACGGCAGUAUCCGAAUUUGCGGUGAUUACUCAACGGGCUUGAACGACGCUCUCCAACCACACAAAUACCCGUUGCCAUUGCCGCAAGACAUCUUCGUCAAACUUGCCAACUGCAAGGUAUUCAGCAUCAUCGACAUGUCGGAAUCGUACCUGCAACUUGAAGUCGACGAACCAACGAGUAAGCUCCUCGCCAUCAACACCCACCGUGGCAUCUACAAAGUCAACCGACUGGCACCCGGAGUAAAAGCUGCGCCGGGAGCGUUCCAACAACUCGUUGACACCAUGUUGGCGGGUCUAAAGCACACUUGCUUUUACAUCGAUGACAUCGUAGUGGGCGGAGAAGAUAAGGAACAGCAUUGCCGGAACCUGAACGCACUUUUCCAGCGUCUGCAAGAGUUCGGGUUCACAGUCCGGUUCAAGAAGUGUUCCUUCGGACCCAAGAUCGAAGCCAUAAAGCUCAUGCCAGCACCCACGGACGUGUCGGGAGUUCGGUCGUUUCUCGGAGCCGUAAACUUCUACGGGAAAUUCGUACCGAAUAUGCGAGCUCUGCGCUAUCCACUGGACGAACUGCUGAAGACGGGAGUCAAAUUCGUUUGGACGGCGGAGUGUCAGAAGACGUUCGAUAGGUUCAAAACCAUUUUAUCGUCGGACUUGCUCUACAAUCCCAAGCAGGAGAUCAUCGUUUCGGCCGAUGCGUCAUCAAUCGGCCUGGGAGCGACCAUCAGUCACCGUUUUCCCGAUGGUACAAUCAAAGUCAUCCAGCAUGCUUCGAGAGCCUUGGCACCGGCCGAGCGCCACUACAGCCAAACGGACCGUGAAGGAUUGGCCACCAUUUAUGCGGUAACCAAGUUCCACCGCAUGAUAUUUGGACGCAAGUUCCUCCAAACCGACCAUCAAUCACUACUACGCAUUUUCGGGAGCAAGAAGGGCAUCCCGGUGUAUACUGCCAACCGUCUGCAACGCUGGGCUCUGACGCUGUUGAUGUACGACUUCGUCAUGGAGUACGUGGCCACGGACAAAUUCGGUCACGCCGACAUUCUCUCUCGUCUCAUCAACCACCAUGCGAAACCCGACGAAGAUUUCGUGAUUGCUUCCGUCUCCUUGGAGAUACAACAAAGCACCAAGAUGGAUCCGGUGCUCAAGAAGGUCCACCAAUACGUCCAGGAAGGCUGGCCAAAUUCCCUGUCCAGUGACGCUGAUCGAGAACUUCUUCGCUUUCACCUCCAUCGUGAAUCACUCACCACGGUACAGGGCUGCAUUCUCUUCGGCGAAAGGCUUGUUAUUCCGUGUCCUCUACGCAAGCGAUGCCUCGAAGAACUCCACCGGGGGCACCCCGGAAUCCAGCGGAUGAAGGCGCUAUCCCGAAGCUACGUUUAUUGGCCAUCGCUCGACAGCGAGAUCGCCGAUUACGUGAAGGCGUGUUCACCAUGCGCCUUGACAGCAAAGUCACCAGCAGCAGCGACCCCUGUGCCCUGGCCCAAGCCUACACAUCCUUGGCAACGUGUUCAUGUGGACUACGCCGGUCCUAUCGACGGUGACUACUAUCUUCUCGCCGUGGAUUCAUUUGCGAAAUGGCCGAAAGUCAUCCGUACACGUCGCAUCACGACGUCUGCAACGAUCAGCAUCCUUCGCAGUAUCUUCGCGCGCCUGGGGAUGCCGGAAACGUUGGUGUCAGAUAAUGGCACCCAAUUCACAAGCUCGGAUUUCGCUCAGUUCUGCAAGACGAAUGGAAUCGACCACGUAACAACUGCAUCGUUUCACCCACAAUCAAACGGCCAAGCAGAGCGAUUUGUCGACACGUUCAAGCGAGCGAUCAAGAAGCUUGAAGAGGGGAGAAGUUCGACCGAUGAAGCCUUGAAUACGUUCUUGCUGGCCUACCGAAGCACACCUAACCGGUCAGCGCCAGAAGGUCUAUCCCCGUCGGAGAUCAUGUUCGGACGACGUUUACGCACCUGUCUCGAACUGCUACGUCCAUCGCCAGAACGUCCACCGCCGGAAUCGUCACCGGCCGACCAGAAGAAGUCCAGUAUGAGGUCCUUCAGUCCAAGUGAUCUUGUCUACGCCAAGAUCUACGCCAAGAUCUACACCAAAAACACCUGGAACUGGGUUUCUGGAAUGGUUAUCGAAAGAGUAGGACGAGUGAUGUACAACGUGUUGACCGAUAGUCGUCGCUUAGUCCGAUCGCACCUGAACCAGCUGAGGAGUAGAACGUCAGUCUGCUUGAAUCAAGGUCCUGGAUCCAGCCAGUCAUCGAAGCAUAAGCAACUUCCGCUGCAAGCUCUAUUCGAUACGUGGAAUCCAGCAACUACGACUGCAAGCGACAUUAUUCGAACGCCAACGUUGUCUCCACCUACUAGUCCGGCUACCAGCACGGACAUGUCGCCAUCGUCCUCGUCUUCGAGUACCACAUCUUCCAGCUUCGAAUCGGCUGCUGCAAGCACACCAACGGUGCAGCCAAAAGUACAGCUACCAAGGCGUUCUUCGAGACUUAGAAGACCGCCCAGAGUUUCAACCUGUAUCAUCGGUUCUAGAGGGGAGAUGUUGGGGCAACCGAAACAGAAGCGCUGGGAACACUGCCUGUGCCAUAACGUUCCAUCGCUUUCCUGCUGGGCUCAUCGUUGA